AUGAAAUGGUCUACUAAAAAUUAAAAGAAUGGCUUCUGCACCAACUCCUGGUAACCGUUCUAGGUUUGCUAAACUCGGGAUGGCGAUAAACGAAGAAUUGACACAGGCAUACAGAGAUAUUUUAGAAAUGGAAGUACCUCCUGGACUCGUAUAUAGCAAAGUGAAGAAAUUAACCGACGUGUAUAAAAAAUUACGCCCAGACCAAGAACUUCGACUUAAACAGGCCAAAAAGAAAGGAUACAAAGAGUUUGAUAUAACCUUAUUAUAUACGCUGAUUAGAAACAUAUGUGCAAAGAUCCCAUUUCCAACAAAAGGUUGGGGUGGGAACACAAUGCCGACAGUAGGAGAAGUAACGAUCGGCGAUGACGUUGAGAGGAUAAGGUUGAUAAGAAACAACAUGUUUGGACACAUAAGCUCGGCUUCUACCUCACAGACAGAGUUUAAUGACACGUGGUCAAUCAUAACUGAUAUCUGCCAAAGACUGCAAACGUACACAAAGAAAUCUGGACUGAGUACAAUUCAAAGACAGGCCUUAGAAGAAGAAAAUGAAAAGGCUAUAAUUGAAAAACUUGAAGCCGAUUAUAAAAAUAAUACUGAUCUUAUGGAAAAGAUGUCUUCUUUGGAAUUACAUUUGCAAGGACUACCAAUGAUAGAUGAGAUUCUCAAAGACUGGCGAGAAGAGAACACUGCUUUUAUUCCUACAAAAGCAAGUGGAGUCGUCGAAGAAAAGCUUAAAAGUCAUAACCUAGUUACAGUUGUUGGAAAUUCUGGAUCUGGCAAAUCGGCGAUUAUUCAACAUAUUGCACUCAAGUAUAAAGAUCGGGGAAGUAAUGUCAUACCAGUGGAUGAAGUUAGAGAAAUUAAAGAGAAGUUAAAUUUGUAUUCGACAGAAAAGGAGACUCUUUUUGUACUCAAUGAUCCAUUAGGUAAAGAAUCGUUUGAUAAAAUGUUGUAUACAUCAUGGAAAAUUUAUCAAAAUACAAUAGAGACUUGCUUAAAGAAGGUUAAAAUACUGGUGUCCUGUAGAAGAUGCGUUUUUUAUGAUAAGAGAGUGAAGGGUAUUUUAUUUGAGGAAUCUACCAUAGUAGAAAUUGACAACGAAGAAAAUCGACUGACUGAUGUAGAGAAAAGAGCAAUCCUAAAUCAAUACACACAGAGUCUAGAGCUUUCUGAAGAAAUUAUUUUUGAAAUUAUCAAAACAGAAGCAUACUUCCCAUUGCUUUGUAAGCUUUUUUCUAAGUCAAAUUACAAGGAAAAUGGGCUUGACUUCUUCAAAUAUCCGUACAGGUUCAUUAAAAAAGAAAUUGAAAUUUGGAAGAGCAAAGACAAGAAGAAAUUCUGCGCUCUUAUUUUAAUUGUAGCUUUUAAAAACAAUUUGAAAAUAGAAACAAUUGUAAGGAAUGAUGAUUCCAAGAAGAAAUAUAAAGACAUUUUAGGAAUGUGUGAAUUAAAAGAAAACACAAAUAUUUCGGUCUUUCGCAGUACUUUCCAAGAACUUAAAGGAUCUUAUGUGAAAUGUGUCGGGCAUGUUUUCCAAUUCCUUCACGACUUUAUUAUGGAGAUAACAACAUUGGUGUUUGGUAUUAAUUGUCCUCAAGAGGCAACACAGUACGCAGACAGUGGUUUUCUGCGACGACGGAUGAGAAUAGAAGACGAUACAGAAGAGAAAGACCGCGAUCCCUUCACUGUUUACCUGCCUGAAGAGUACAUUGGUGAUCUUGUGGACAGGUUUAUCAUGGACAUGCAAACAGAACAUUUUGUAGAUGUUGUUCUUAACCAAUGUUUAAGAAAUGAAAGUGUGAUCAAAAAAUUUAAGGACAAUGUUAAUUCAUCAGAAAAUCUGGCAAACAUUUUUUUAGAUAUCAAAUUUUUAAUAGAUAAGUCAGAGUUAAAAGAAAAACCGUUGCGUGAUUAUAGCGUAUCAAGACUUUUUUUUCUUGAUUGGAGAGGUGAAAUAUGUCCCUUAAUUGGAUUUAUAGCAUUUUGUCAUGAUGAAAUUUCUCUAUUUUUUAUGAGAAACAUAGACAAAAAAGCAUUACAGAAUAUUUUAGUAUUUUCUGCCGUGUGUGCUAAUGGAGGAUUAAACUUAUUAGAUAGUCUGAGCCAUGAAUACAAAAAAACGGCCAUAAAAGAAAUUUGGGGAUUAUUUUAUCCAAUCCACAUUGCUUCGGUCUUCCAUAACUUUGAAAUUAUUCCAGAGAUAAUCAGACUCGGUGCUGACGUCAACAUGUUAAGUGCUGGUGAUAUUUGGACUCCGUUAAUCUUGGCAGCAGGAAAUGAUGAAGAACAUUUAAGAGAGGCUGGAAAGGAGACAGAUGGAGGAGAAAGACGUAAUAAAACUAUUUCUUGCUUAUUGAACAAUGGCGCCAAAAUCAAUUUAUGUGGCGACGAUGGAAAACAUCCUCUGUGGAUAGCUUGCCAAAAGGGAUAUGCCAGCACGGUACAAUUGUUACUGAACAAUGGCGCUGGCAUCAAUCAAUGCGAUCGGGACAGAAUCAGUCCACUAUGGAUAGCAUGUGAAAAUGGACAUGACAAAACUGUUCAAGUGUUACUUAACAAUGGGUCAGAUAUCGAUUUGUGUGACGAAAAUGAAAUGAGUCCUCUUUUGAUAGCUUGUGAAAAUGGACAUGAUAGCACGGUUCUGGUUCUACUGAAGAAUGGCGCCAAUGUCAAUUCAUGCAAUAGUUAUGGAGUCAGUCCUCUGUGGAAAGCAUCUCAAAAUGGGCGUCAUAGCACGGUACAAGAGUUAUUGAACAAUGGCGCGAAUGUCAAUUUAUGCACUAAGAAUGGAAUCAGUCCUCUGUGUAUAGCUUGUCAACCUGGAUAUGAAAGCACGGUAGAAGUGUUACUAAACAACGGUGCCGACAUCAAUUCAUGCAACCAGAGUGGACUCAGUCCUCUUAUUAAAGCUUGUCAAUAUAGACAUAAUAAUACUAUACAACUAUUACUAAACAAUGGCGCGAAUGUCAAUUUAUGUGACGAAAACGGUGUCAGUCCUCUGUGGGAAGCGUCUGAAAAUGGGUGUGAUAACACGGUACAAGAGUUGCUGAACAAUGGUGCCAAUGUCAAUUUAUGCAAUGAGAAUGGGGUUAGUCCUCUGUUGAUUGCUUGUCAAUAUGGACAUGAUAGCACUGUACAAAUGUUACUGAACAACGGUGCCGAUUUCAAUUUAUGCAAUAGAAAAGGAGUCAGUCCUCUUUAUAAAGCUUGUCAAUAUGGACAUGAUAGAAUGGUACAAGAAUUACUGAACAAUGGCGCCAAUGUCAAUUUAUGCAAUAAGAAUGGAGUCAGUCCUCUAUGGAUAGCUUGUCAAUAUGAACAUGACAGUUUGAUACAAAUAUUACUAACCAAUGGCGCCAAUGUCAAUUUAUGUGACGAAAACGGUGUCAGUCCUCUGUGGGAAGCGUCUGAAAAUGGGUGUGAUAACACGGUACAAGAGUUACUGAACAAUGAUGCCAAUGUCAAUUUAUGCAAUAAGAAUGGAGUCAGUCCUCUAUGGAUAUCUUCUAAAUAUGGACAUGAUAGCACAGUACAGGAGUUACUGAACAAUGGCGCCAAUGUCAAUUUUAGUGACGAAGAUGGUAUCAGUCCUCUGUGGAAAGCUUGUGAAUAUGGACAUGAUAGCACGGUACAACUAUUACUGAACAAUGGCGCCAAUAUCAAUUUAUGCAAUAAGAGGAGACAGUCCUCUGUGGGUAGCUUGUCAAAUGGACACGACAGCAUUGUCAAACUUUUAAAGAACAGUGGUGCUAAACUUUUAUUAGUCAAAGGCAAUGAAAUCAAUUUUUGCGACGAUAAUGGAGACAGUCCUCUACACAAAGCCUGUCGAACUGGCCAUGAUAGUACAGUUCAAUUGUUACUGAACAACGGCGCGAAUGUGAAUUUAUGUGAUAUAGACGGCUGCAGUCCUCUUUAUAUAGCCUGUCAGAACGGAAAUGUUAAGAUAGUCCAACUAUUACUUCACAAUAACGCUGGUGUUAAUUUAUGUGAUAAUGAUGGAAACAGCCCUCUGAAUAUUGCCUCUCUAAAUGGACACGACCACAUUGUCAAACUGCUAUUGAGUAGUGGUGCGCAGUUUUUACUUAACAACGGCGCUGAAAUCAAUCUUUGUGAUAAUGAUGGAGAAAGUCCACUCUUUAAAGCCUGUCGAAAUGGCCAUGAUAUCAUAGUUCAGUUGUUCCUAAACAGUGAAGCUGAUGUAAAUUUAUGCAAUAAACACAAUAACAGUCCUCUCCAUAUUGCUUGUGAGAACGGACACAACAGCACAGUUCAACUGUUACUGAAAAACAGCACUGAAAUCAAUCUUUGUGAUAAUGAUGGCGAAAGUCCUCUAUUCAAAGCCUGUCGAAAUGGACAUGAUUUUAUAGUUCAAUUGUUCCUAAGCAGCGGAGCUGAUGUAAAUUUAUGCAAUAAAUUCAAAUACAGUCCUCUACAUAUUGCUUGUGAGAACGGACACAACAGCACAGUUCAACUGUUACUGAAAAACAGCACUGAAAUCAAUCUUUGUGAUAAUAAUGGUGAAAGUCCUCUCUUCAAAGCCUGUCUAAAUGGUUAUGAUAUCAUAGUUCAGUUGUUCUUAAACAGUGGGGCUGACGUAAAUUUAUGUAAUAAACACAAUUACAGUCCUCUCCAUAUUGCUUGCCAAUAUGGGCAUAACAGAAUAGUGCAACUGUUACUGAGCAAUGGCGCCAGCAUCAAUUCAUGUGAUGAUGAUCGCUUCAGUCCUCUUUAUAUGGCUUGUCGAAAUGGAGAUGAAAGCAUGGUACAACUGUUACUGAACAACGGUGCCGACAUCAAUUUAUGUGAUAAAGAUGGAGUCAGUCCUCUUUGGAUAGCUUGUGAAAACUUACAUUGCAGCACAAUCGAACUUCUACUGAAUUCAGGUGCUGAUGUAAAUUUAUGCAAUAAAGGUAACUGCAGUCCGCUGUACAUAGCAUGUUUCAAUGGUCAUGAGAGCAUUGUGAAUCAUUUAUUGAACAACGGUGCAAACAUCAAUUUAUGUGACAACGAUGGAACUAGUCCACUCUACAUAGCCUGUGAAAAUGGACAUCACAGCACAGUCCAAUUAUUAUUAAAAAAUGAUGCUUGUGUUAAUUUAUGCAAUAAAGACAAUAAGAGUCCACUGUACAUUACAUUCUUACAUGGUCAUGACAGUAUUGUUCAACUUUUACAACAAAAUGGUGCUGAAUUGAUAUACUGA